GGCGUUGCUUAGAGACGUGUUGUUGUCGUGCAUGUUCACAGAGGAUUUUCUGGAAGCAGAUUCAGAUUUUUCAGCACAAGAUUGCGAUGCUUUGUCAUCCACAGUUCAGCGAUUAAUGCUAACAAACAUACGACGUGCUCUAAACACAUCUUGGGAAGACUUUUAGACAAUAACGUACUCUAGACAAUACGGAUUUAACGCAGUAGGUUAUAAAGCUCGAGAAACAAACGCGCUAAUCUGCUAAUUAGCCAGCAGGCUAGCCACUGUCGGUUUACAUCAGGGAAUAUAACAUUCGCUGUUGUUUCUGUCAUUGUCUAUCGUGAAUAUGAAGUAAAUGGUGUGCGGGGAGCUAGAGAGUUUGUGAUGGAGUGAAGCAGCGGGUGUAGGAGCUCUCCUAUCGGCUGUUAUCUGCAGUUAAUCCCGCGGCUGUAAGAGGCUCAGUGUUAAACUCCUGCUGCCGCGGCUCGGGACUCUCGCCAUGGACGCAGGAGGAAAUUCUGACCUGGACCUGGACAAAUAUGACUCUGAUGAGCAAGUGAAGAUCAUCUGCCUCGGAGACAGCGCUGUGGGGAAGUCCAAGUAUGCUUCAUGUGUUGCUAAACUGUUCAUUUCUAUCAUUGUUGACAGAAUCUUAACUGAAUGUAUCAGUCGGCCUCAGCAACUCUCCACUUACGCUUUGACUCUGUACAAAUACACCACCACCAUCAAUGGACAGACCAUUCUAGUUGAUUUCUGGGAUACUGCAGGACAGGAGCGUUUUCGAAGCAUGCACCCGUCGUACUAUCAUAAAUCUCAUGCUUGUGUCAUGGUGUUUGAUGUGCAGAGGAAAAUCACAUAUAAGAAUCUCACUGUCUGGUAUAAAGAGCUGCGCGAGUACCGGCCCGAGAUCCCGUGUCUGGUAGUGGCCAAUAAGAUUGAUGCUGACAUGAAGGUCACGCAGAAGAGCUUCAACUUCGCUAAGAAACAAGGCCUGCCUUUCUACUUUGUAUCUGCUGCUGAUGGAACCAAUGUGGUAAAGGUGUUUAAAGACGCUAUUCAGAUGGCGCUGUCCUACAAGAGGAACUCCAGCGACUUUAUGGAUGAAGUCAUGAGGGAACUAGAGAACUUUGAUUUAGAGAACAAGGAAGAAUCAUCAGAUAAAGAGGAAACGCAGGAGGAGAAACCUAGCUCUGCAUGACCUCAUCAUCUUCAUCAUUUUUACCAUCGUCUGUCCUCAGUUCAUGGCUGUUCUUUCAGCAGACACAACACAAUAUGAUCCUGUGAAUGUACACGUGGCAUUAUCUGACAUCAGAAUGAAAUCUCGGUGCACUGCAGAUUUUUGAUAUUUCAUGGAAAUUGUGCAGCAUUCAGAUUUAGUAAAAAGUAGUCCUCUAUAGAGACUCUCUGCAAUGUGAAGUGUUUCCUGUGCCGAAUUUAACAUGUUUUUACAUUAUUAUUUUGUUUUCAGAGGGAAAUAAAUAUUUAUGAGACUUUCUCACAAAGUGUAAUGUUUUACAGCAAAUGCUCAAGUAACAAUCUGUGACGCUCACCAAUAUGAAUAAAGUACUUGAUUUUUGUAUGGGUAGUUGAUUACAUUUGGAAGUAGUUGUUAUUAUAACAGUUGAAAAUGUGAAAAAAAAAAGAUUUAUUUGCCCUCAGGGCAUUCAAGAAUAAGGUAAAUAUUUCCUUUCUUUUUGUCAUUAAAGGAGAUUUUUAGAGUUAAUUAACACAAAAUAAAUCAUACAGACAAAACGAAAUGCAUACCUGUGAAUCUUGGUGUUAUAUUGAAGUCGUAAGAAGAUAAACUAUCAGUACUGUGCAGAAAAUGAACAUGAUUAACAACAUUAUACCAUGUAAUGUUUGUACCAAUAUAACAGUCAUAGCAAACCGUCCUGUGUGUUCUAUUGUAAUCGUUGACUUGCAUUCCAGUCACCUAGUUAUGGUUUCGACAAAAAAGAUAAAUAAUAUAUAUGUUACAGAAGAAACAAAAACACAUCUUGAAUGAGUAAAUAAAAUAAUUUUCAAUUUGAGAGUAAAAUUUCUUUGCAAAAAUUAAACAUUUCGAAAGACAAAAUGGCCGUCAGUUACAAACGUAGACGCUUAGCUUAUUUGCCAAUCGAAUCCUCUCUGGAUGUGACAAACAUACACGAACGUGUUUGUCUGGAUGUUAUAGAACACGUGACUGGAACAAACUUGAGAAUGUGCAGCUUUCAAACACUGACCUUUAUAUCUGAGAUUCUGAAGGGACGUGCAGCGCUGCUCUUUAUCCUUAAAACCUGUGGAGGACAUGUCUGUCAUAUCACAACCAAAUCCAAACAUCUUUCAACCUUUGUUGUCGAUUGUAAAGUAUUAGUUCAUGUUUAACAAAUAUCGUUUUUGUCGGGUUGUUUAAUUGUAAAGGCUGAAAUGCAUGUUUUUAGAAAUAUUUAGCCUACAUUUCAUCAGAUCUUCUAGACAAACGAUGGCAAGAGAAAUCUCAUUCGAAUCCCCUUUAGAAAUCACAAUUUUUAAUUAGGCUAUUUGCUUUUGUGAUGUUUUGCACAAGUGCUUUAUACAGUUUAUAUAGUGUGUUUAAAUGGAACCAGCUUUGUUUUGCACUUGAAUGUGUAUAUCUUGAGAUUAGGGAAAACAAUCUUGCUAAAACCUCUGUUGUUUUUGUGUAGUAUACACAAAUAUCUUGUACUGUGAACAGAAUGUGAUUCAUAUUAAAAAAAUAUAUAAACAGA